UGGCGAUCGUCCACCACGUCCCGACGGCGACCGUCCACCACGUCCCGAUGGCGAUCGGCCACCACGUCCCGAUGGCGAUCGUCCACCGCGUCCCGACGGCGACCGUCCACCGCGUCCCGACGGCGACCGUCCACCACGUCCCGAUGGCGAUCGUCCACCACGUCCCGAUAGCGACAAACCACGUCCCGAUGGCGACAAGCCGCCACGUCCCGACGGCGACCGUCCACCACGUCCCGACGGCGACCGUCCACCACGUCCCGAUGGCGAUCGGCCACCACGUCCCGAUGGCAAUCGUCCACCACGUCCCGAUGGCGACCGUCCCGAUGGCGACCGACCCUAUGGCGACCGUCCCGAUGGCAACCGACCUUAUGGCAACCGACCCUAUGGCGACCGUCCCGAUGGCAACCGACCCUAUGGCGACCGUCCGAAUGGCAACCGACCCUAUGGCGACCGACCCUAUGGCGACCGACCCUAUGGCGACCGACCCUAUGGCGACCGUCCCGAUGGCAACCGACCCUAUGGCGACCGUCCCGAUGGCAACCGACCCUAUGGCGACCGACCCUAUGGCAACCGACCCUAUGGCGACCGUCCCUAUGGCAACCGACCCUAUGGCGACCGUCCCGAUGGCAACCGACCCUAUGGCGACCGACCCUAUGGCGACCGACCGUAUGGCGACCGACCCUAUGGCGACCGUCCCAAUGGCGACCGACCCUAUGGCGACCGUCCCUAUGGUAACCGACCGUAUGGCGACCGUCCCGAUGGCAACCGACCCUAUGGCAACCGACCCUAUGGCAACCGUCCCGAUGGCAACCGACCCUAUGGCGACCGUCCCGAUGGCAACCGACCCUAUGGCGACCGACCGUAUGGCGACCGACCUUUUGGCGACCGACCCUAUGGCGACCGUCCCUAUGGCGACCGUCCCGAUGGCAACCGACCCUAUGGCGACCGUCCCGAUGGCAACCGACCCUAUGGCGACCGUCCCGAUGGCAACCGUCCGUAUGGCGACCGUCCCUAUGGCGACCGACCCUAUGGCGACCGUCCCUAUGGCGACCGACCCUAUGGCGACCGUCCCUAUGGCAACCGACCCUAUGGCGACCGUCCCGAUGGCAACCGACCCUAUGGCAACCGACCCUAUGGCAACCGUCCCGAUGGCAACCGACCCUAUGGCGACCGUCCCGAUGGCAACCGACCCUAUGGUAACCGUCCCGAUGGCAACCGACCCUAUGGCGACCGACCCUAUGGCGACCGUCCCGAUGGCAACCGACCCUAUGGCAACCGUCCCUAUGGCGACCGUCCCGAUGGCAACCGUCCCUAUGGCGACCGUCCCUAUGGCAACCGACCCUAUGGCAACCGUCCCGAUGGCAACCGACCCUAUGGCGACCGUCCCGAUGGCAACCGACCCUAUGGCGACCGACCGUAUGGCGACCGACCCUAUGGCGACCGACCCUACGGCGACCGACCCUUUGGCGACCGACCCUAUGGCGAUCGUCCCUAUGGCGACCGUCCCGAUGGCAACCGACCCGAUGGCGACCGACCCUAUGGCGACCGACCCUAUGGCAACCGUCCCAAUAGCAACCGACCGUAUGGCGACCGACCCUAUGGCGACCGUCCCGAUAGCAACCGACCGUAUGGCGACCGUCCCGAUGGCGACCGACCCUAUGGCAACCGACCCUACGGCAACCGUCCCGAUGGCGACCGACCACAACGUCCCGAUGGCGACCGGCCACCACGUCCUGAUGGCGACCGACCACGUCCCGAUGGCGACCGACAAACCACGUCCCGAUGGCGACCGACCACGUCCCGAUGGCGACCGACCACGUCCUGAUGGUGACCGUCCACCACGUCCUGAUGGCGACCGUCCACCACGUCCCGAUGGUGACCGUCCACCACGUCCCGAUGACGACAAACCACGUCCCGAUGGCGACAAACCACAUCCCGAUGGCGACCGGCCACCACGUCCCGAUGGCGACAAACCACAUCCCGAUGGCGACAAACCACACCCCGAUGGCCACCGGCCACUACGUCCUGACGGCACCCGUCCGCCACGUCCCGACGGCACCCGCCCGCCACGUCCUGACGGCACCCGCCCGCCACGUCCCGACGGCACCCGUCCACCACGUCCUGACGGCACCCGUCCGCCACGUCCUAACGGCACCCGCCCGCCACGUCCUGACGGCACUCGUCCGCCACGUCCUGACGGCACCCGUCCACCACGUCCUGACGGCACCCGCCCGCCACGUCCUGACGGCACGCGUCCGCCACGUCCUGACGGCACCCGUCCGCCACGUCCUGACGGCACGCGUCCGCCACGUCCUGACGGCACGCGUCCGCCACGUCCUGACGGCACCCGUCCGCCACGUCCUGAAGGCACCCGUCCGCCACGUCCUGACGGCACCCGUCCGCCACGUCCUGACGGCACCCGUCCGCCACGUCCUGACGGCACCCGUCCACCACGUCCUGACGGCACCCGCCCGCCACGUCCUGACGGCACGCGUCCGCCACGUCCUGAAGGCACCCGUCCGCCACGUCCUGACGGCACCCGUCCGCCACGUCCCGACGGCACCCGUCCGCCACGUCCUGACGGCACCCGUCCGCCACGUCCCGACGGCACCCGUCCGCCACGUCCUGAAGGCACCCGUCCGCCACGUCCUGACGGCACCCGUCCGCCACGUCCUGACGGCACCCGUCCGCCACGUCCUGACGGCACCCGUCCGCCACGUCCUGACGGCACCCGUCCGCCACGUCCCGACGGCACCCGUCCUGACGGCACCCGUCCGCCACCUCCCGAUGGUACCCUACCUCCACCGGUCACCCAACAAUAAAGCUUAACAGCUAAAAAGGCGGGAUGAAAAUAAAGAAAAUACGUACACGUA